UACUCCUUUCUCAGGCGCUCCUCCCAGCAGUCUCUUUCAUUUCAACUUCUCUCUCUCUCUCUCUCUCUCUCUCUCUCUCCCCCAUGGCAGCAGCAGCAGCAGCAACAACAUCAAAUUCUGCAGAUUCAUUUCCCAAUCUAAAAAUCGUAGUAGAAAGCAAUCCCUCUGAGUCGCGCUUAUCUGAGUUGGGCAUUAACUCAUGGCCCAAAUGGGGGUGUCCACCGGGGAAGUACACACUCAAGUUUGACGCAGCAGAGACAUGUUAUCUGGUAAAAGGCAAAGUGAAGGUAUAUCCUAAGAAAGCAGCAGCCUCCUCCUCAUCAUCUUCAUCUCAUCAUCAUCAUCAUCAUCAGGAUGUUGUUGAGUUUGGUGCAGGGGACCUUGUCACCAUCCCCAAAGGCCUUAGUUGCACUUGGGACGUCUCCGUUGCCGUUGAUAAGCACUACAAAUUCGACUCUUCAUGAUCAACGGCCAUGAUCUUACUAAUAAGCUAAGCUAGUGAUCAUUUGAGCAGAGCAGCCCCAUGAAUUCUUUUUAGCUUCUGGUUUAUAUAUAUAUAUAUAUAUAUAUAUAUGUAGAUGUAGUA